GGGGGGCAAAGAGGUCAACUACAAGGUGGUGCCCGCGGAUCAGAUUCCGGACGGCUGGCUCGGCCUUGACAACGGCCCGAAGGCGACCGAGGAGAUCAAGGCUGCCCUGGCAGAUUGCAAGACGAUCAUCUGGAACGGCCCCAUGGGAGUGUUCGAGAGCCCGCAGUUCAGCAAGGGCACCUACGACGUGGCCGAGUGCAUCGCUGAGCUGACGGAGAAGAACGGCGCCAUCAGCAUCAUCGGUGGCGGGGACUCCGUGUCUGCGGUGAACAAGUCCGGCCUGGCGCCGAAGAUGUCGCACAUCUCCACGGGCGGCGGUGCCAGCCUGGAGCUUCUGGAGGGCAAGGUGCUGCCAGGUGUGGCUGCGCUGGAUGACAAGGACACGGCCGCCGCUGCCAUGGCCCCCAAGGCUGCCGCGGCCCCCAAGGCUGCCACGGCUCCCAAGGCUGCCGCGGCCCCCAAGGCAGCCCCCAGCGUGAAGAAGUCCGUGGAGGACCUCGGCGAGGCGGACCUGAAGGGCAAGACGGUGCUGAUCCGGUGCGACCUCAACGUGCCCCUGAAUGCGGACCUGGAGAUCACGGACGAGACGCGCAUCACAGCCUCGAUCCCGACGAUCGAGUACCUCUGCAGCAAGGGCGCCAAGGUGCUGGCGUGCUCCCACCUGGGCCGUCCCAAGGACGGACCCGAGGAGAAGUUUUCGCUGAAGCCGGUGGCGAAGAAGCUGGGGGAGCUGAUGAAGAAGGACAUCAAGUGCGCCCCAGACUGCAAGGCCACCGACGAGGUGAAGGGGAUGGUGUCGGCCAUGGGCGAGGGAGACGUGAUGGUCCUGGAGAACACUCGGUUCUACAAGGGGGAGACCAAGAACGACCCCGAGUUGGCAGAGAGCAUGGCCAGCCUGGCUGACCUGUUCGUGAACGACGCGUUCGGCACCGCGCACCGCGCUCACUCCUCCACCGAGGGCGUGACCAAAUUCCUGAGGCCGAGCGUCUCGGGCUUCCUGCUGAAGAAGGAACUGGACUACCUGAAGGGCGCCGUGGACAGCCCGGUGAAGCCGAUGGCGGCCAUCGUGGGCGGCGCCAAGGUGAGCACCAAGAUCCCAGUGAUCGAGUCCAUGCUUGAGAAGGUGGACAAGGUGAUCAUUGGCGGCGGCAUGGUGUUCACCUUCCUGAAGGCCCGCGGCCUCUCGGUCGGGAACUCCCUGGUGGAGGACGACCUCAUCGAGACUGUCAAGCAGCUGGAGGAGCAGGCCAAGGCCAAGGGCGUCGAGAUCAUCCUCCCCAGCGACAUAGCCUGCGGCGACGAGUUCCCUGUAGGGGGGCAAAGAGGUUCAACUACAAGGUGGGUUGCCCGCAGGACUGAGAUUCCGGGAGGAUGGCUCGGCCUUGACAACGGCCCGAAGGCGCACCGAGGAGAUGCAAGGCUGCCCUGCGGAUUGUGCCAAGACGAUCAUCUGGAACGGCCCCAUGGGAGUGUUCGAGAGCCCGCAGUUCAGCAAGGGCACCUACGACGUGGCCGAGUGCAUCGCUGAGCUGACGGAGAAGAACGGCGCCAUCAGCAUCAUCGGUGGCGGGGACUCCGUGUCUGCGGUGAACAAGUCUGGCCUGGCGCCGAAGAUGUCGCACAUCUCCACGGGCGGCGGUGCCAGCCUGGAGCUUCUGGAGGGCAAGGUGCUGCCAGGUGUGGCUGCGCUGGAUGAGAAGAUCAUCGUGAAGAAGUCCGUGGAGGACCUCGGCGAGGCGGACCUGAAGGGCAAGACGGUGCUGAUCCGGUGCGACCUCAACGUGCCCUUGAAUGCGGACCUGGAGAUCACGGACGAGACGCGCAUCACAGCCUCGAUCCCGACGAUCGAGUACCUCUGCAGCAAGGGCGCCAAGGUGCUGGCGUGCUCCCACCUGGGCCGUCCCAAGGACGGGCCCGAGGAGAAGUUCUCGCUGAAGCCGGUGGCGAAGAAGCUGGGGGAGCUGAUGAAGAAGGAUAUCAAGUGCGCCCCGGACUGCAAGGCCACCGACGAGGUGAAGGAGAUGGUGUCGGCCAUGGGCGAGGGAGACGUGAUGGUCCUGGAGAACACUCGGUUCUACAAGGGGGAGACCAAGAACGACCUCGAGCUGGCAGAGAGCAUGGCCAGCCUGGCGGACCUGUUCGUGAACGACGCGUUCGGCACCGCGCACCGCGCUCACUCCUCCACCGAGGGCGUGACCAAAUUCCUGAGGCCGAGCGUCUCGGGCUUCCUGCUGAAGAAGGAACUAGACUACCUGAAGGGCGCCGUGGACAGCCCGGUGAAGCCGAUGGCGGCCAUCGUGGGCGGCGCCAAGGUGAGCACGAAGAUCCCAGUGAUCGAGUCCAUGCUGGAAAAGGUGGACAAGGUGAUCAUUGGCGGUGGCAUGGUGUUCACCUUCCUGAAGGCCCGCGGCCUCUCGGUCGGGAACUCCCUGGUGGAGGACGACCUCAUCGAGACUGUCAAGCAGCUGGAGGAGCAGGCCAAGGCCAAGGGCGUCGAGAUCAUCCUCCCCAGCGACAUAGCCUGCGGCGACGAGUUCCCUGUGGCGGGGCAAAGAGAGUCAACUACUCAUAGGUGGUGCCGCCGCGGUAUCAGAUUCCGGACGGCAGGCUCGGCGUUGACAAACGGACCGAAGGCGACGAGGAGAUAAAGGAUGCCUGGCGAGAUUGCAAGCUCGAGACUGAACGGACCCCAUGGAGUGUUCGAGAGCGCAGUUGUCAGCAAGGGCACCACUACGAACGUUGGCUCGGAGUGCUCGUGAGGACCAUCUGGAAGAACGGCCAUCAGAUCAUCGGUGGCGGGGGAUGCCGUGUCUGCUGGUGAACAAGUCUGGCCUGGCGACGAAGAUGUCGCACAUCUCAACAGGCGGUUUUGGUAGCCUGCUGGAGCUUUUGGAGGCAAGGUGUGCCAGGUGUGGACUGCGCUGCGGGGUCGCUGACACGCGGCCCGCCGCGGCCCCCAAGGCUGCGGCGGCCCCCAAGGCUGCCACGGCCCCCAAGGCUGCCGCGGCCCCCAAGGCAGCCCCCAGCGUGAAGAAGUCCGUGGAGGACCUCGGCGAGGCGGACCUGAAGGGAAAGACGGUGCUGAUCCGGUGCGACCUCAACGUGCCCCUGAAUGCGGACCUGGAGAUCACAGACGAGACGCGAAUCACGGCUUCGAUCCCGACGAUCGAGUACCUCUGCAGCAAGGGCGCCAAGGUGCUGGCGUGCUCCCACCUGGGCCGUCCCAAAGACGGACCCGAGGAGAAGUUCUCGCUGAAGCCGGUGGCGAAGAAGCUGGGGGAGCUGAUGAAGAAGGAUAUCAAGUGCGCCCCGGACUGCAAGGCCACCGACGAGGUGAAGGAGAUGGUGUCGGCCAUGGGCGAGGGAGACGUGAUGGUCCUGGAGAACACUCGGUUCUACAAGGGGGAGACCAAGAACGACCUCGAGCUGGCAGAGAGCAUGGCCAGCCUGGCGGACCUGUUCGUGAACGACGCGUUCGGCACCGCGCACCGCGCUCACUCCUCCACCGAGGGCGUGACCAAAUUCCUGAGGCCGAGCGUCUCGGGCUUCCUGCUGAAGAAGGAACUGGACUACCUGAAGGGCGCCGUGGACAGCCCGGUGAAGCCGAUGGCGGCCAUCGUGGGCGGCGCCAAGGUGAGCACGAAGAUCCCAGUGAUCGAGUCCAUGCUGGAAAAGGUGGACAAGGUGAUCAUUGGCGGCGGCAUGGUGUUCACCUUCCUGAAGGCCCGCGGCCUCUCGGUCGGGAACUCCCUGGUGGAGGACGACCUCAUCGAGACUGUCAAGCAGCUGGAGGAGCAGGCCAAGGCCAAGGGCGUCGAGAUCAUCCUCCCCAGCGACAUAGCCUGCGGCGACGAGUUCCCCGCGGGGGGCAAAGAGGUCAACUACAAGGUGGUGCCCGCGGAUCAGAUUCCGGACGGCUGGCUCGGCCUUGACAACGGCCCGAAGGCGACCGAGGAGAUCAAGGCUGCCCUGGCGGAUUGCAAGACGAUCAUCUGGAACGGCCCCAUGGGAGUGUUCGAGAGCCCGCAGUUCAGCAAGGGCACCUACGACGUGGCCGAGUGCAUCGCUGAGCUGACGGAGAAGAACGGCGCCAUCAGCAUCAUCGGUGGCGGGGACUCCGUGUCUGCGGUGAACAAGUCUGGCCUGGCGCCGAAGAUGUCGCACAUCUCCACGGGCGGCGGUGCCAGCCUGGAGCUUCUGGAGGGCAAGGUGCUGCCAGGUGUGGCUGCGCUGGAUGACAAGGACACGGCCGCCGCCGCGGCCCCCAAGGCGGCCCCCAGCACGAAGAAGUCCGUAGAGAGCCGGGGCUUGUCUGAAUUCCUUCUUGGGGCGAGGGGUUAGGCUGUUCUGGACCAGGUGUGAGCUUAGCUGACUGUCCCCCUCGGGCAUAUUGUACAGCAGCUUUUCUUUAUAAAACAGGUCCCUGUCUUUUCAAAAUCCUUUGAGUUUCUCCGCCCCUCGUAGAACUACGUAGGCCUGGCGGGCGCAGGAGCGAACCAGCCUCCGCGGCCCAGACAGUUUUGCCGCAAAGCGAUAGCAGCGCCUAUUUGAGCUGCUUCACAGGAGCGUUUGCUCAUUUUGGUGGCGAUUCGGACGGAAAAGCAAUCUUUGACUCCAGUGCAGGUUCCUUCCUCGAGGGGGGCUCUUCUGAAGCGUCCCACCAGACAGAAUGCACAAGGGGGAUUGUGGCACUGCUCUGGCUUGUCACAAGAAUCGCAUGAUCACAAUCGGCAUGCUUGCCUCAGGUAGUGUUGCUCGCC